AAAAAAAAACCGCGUUGAAAAACUGCUGCAUCCUUCUGCCCCGGCACGGCAGGGCAUCUCAUCCUUGUCCCUCCCUCCCCCGCACCCUAGGGUUUCCACCACCUUCGCCGGAGCGUCUCUCCGGCAGCUUAUCGGGCGCAGCAGGGGCGCCGCGGCGGGAUGUCCCCGGCGAUCGCGCUUCGGCGCGCGGCCGCGUGGCUGCUCCGGGGAGCCGCCGGCGCCGGCGCGCCGAGGGCCGCGUCCUCCGCCGCGCUGCCGGGCAUGGGCGGGGCCCUGCUGUCUCCCGCGCGCGGAUUGCAGGGGAGGGACGCGGCCGGGUUCCUGGGGAUCUGGGGAGGUCCCGCGGCGGGCGGCGGCGGCGGGUCCUGGUGGUUCCGGUGCGCCGCGAGCAGCGUGCCCAGGCCGGGCCUGCUGGUGGAGCAGCUGCUCGUCGGCGGCGGGCGCUCCUUCGCCACCGGUGCCGCCCCGGAAGAGGUGUCCUUCAGCCCGGCCGCCCGUGAGGCGGAUGUCUCGCCGCCUGAGAAGUCCGUAGGCACCUCAGAUAAGACUAUGUUAGGAGAUAGGUCCUUGAAGCUUGUUUCAGGGGUAUGUUAUCUACCACAUCCGGAUAAGGAAGAAACUGGUGGUGAGGAUGCACAUUUUAUUUGGGAUGAACAGGCUAUAGGCAUAGCUGAUGGCGUUGGUGGUUGGGCAAGCUACGGUAUUGAUGCAGGUCAAUAUGCUAGAGAUAUUAUGUCUAAUGCAGUAACCGCAAUAGAAGAAGAGCCAAAAGAUUCAAUUGAUCUUACAAGGGUACUAGAGAAGGCCCAUAGUAGCACAACAGUGCCGGGUUCAUCGACCGCAUGUAUCAUUGCUUUAACAAAUCAGGGAAUACAAGCAAUUAAUCUUGGUGACAGUGGCUUUAUAGUCAUCCGAGAUGGCUGCACAUUGUGUAGGUCACCUGUACAACAACAUGAUUUCAAUUUCUCCUACCAACUUCAGAGUGGCAACUCGAGUGACUUGCCUAAUGCUGCACAGGUCUUCAAGGUACCCGUCGCGUCUGGUGAUGUAAUUGUCGCUGGAACAGAUGGGUUGUUCGAUAACUUGUACAACAACGAUAUAACAGCUGUAGUGGUCCACGCAACCAGAGCUGGCCUGGAUCCUCAAGUAACAGCCCAGAAGAUAGCGGCACUCGCACGCCAGCGGGCACAGGACAAGAACAGGCCGACGCCGUUUUCGACCGCGGCCCAAGACGCUGGGUACCGGUACUACGGCGGGAAGCUGGACGACAUCACCGUCGUGGUCUCGUACGUAACUGCCUUUGGCAACUCGUAGCAGUGGGUUAGAAGAAGACUGCUGAAUAUCUAGACCGAGGCGUGUGCCUCCCCUUUUUGUCCUGUAAAUACCCACUACAGCCUUAUGAGGCUCUGCUUUUUUUUUCUACCAGACUUGUAAAGAAGCUGGAUGAUUUGUAAGUAUCUCCUCUGGAUGAGUACAGUAGCUGUAGAGAACCGUGGACAGUUUUUAAUUAUGUACUGAAAGAAGCACAGAACGGAUUCAAACACGGCAAAUUCAAAGCAUUUUGCUUUGGUCA